AUGCCUCGACUUUGGGUAAAGCCGGGUCGGAGAGAUGGGAGGCGAGGGCUGCUCACGACAGCCAACGUGUCUGUCCCUGAGGAAGAGGCCCCAGAUUUGCCAAGGGGCUGGACACGAGCUGUCGCGUCAUGGCCGAGCGCGCUCCCUGUGCGUGGUGACAUUUGCUGCAGCGUCACGGCCGCACUCAUUGCCCUCCUUUGUCUUUCAGCCCCUGAAGGAGUGUCCUUGCUUGUCCCGCAGCCCAACAUCAACGCCACAGUGGCACAGAACAUCCUCCUCUCAGUCGAUUGCUCCUGCAGAGGAGUCGCCACCAUUGAGUGGAAGCAUGUGUCAAGCCGGGGCACCACAAAAAUUGUCGAGUGGAGAAGUGGGAAUUAUGUUAACAUAUCCACAGGCUACAAGGACAGAGUGACUGUUUUUGAAAAUGGCUCUAUACAGCUUCUGAACGUGGGUGUGAGAGAUGCUGGCUACUACUUUGUCACUGUAACAGAGGAGCAUGGAAGCAACAUCUACGGGACCAUCGUAGUCAAUGUUUAUGAGAUUAUAUAUGAAGAUUUGCAUUUUGUAGCAGUUUUCUUUGCAUUUCUCACUGGAGUAUCUGCCAUUUUGAUCUGCUUCAUGUGGUUGUGUAACAAAUCCCUGCAUCUCUUCCAGAAGAAGACACACAAAUUAACAGCAAGUAACACUGAAGAGAUUGAACUGGAAACCAUUGAGUGUUAGCCAAGAACCCUUUCAUAAU